AUUCGAUUUAUUUAUUUAAUUAAUUAAUUAAGGCUCACAGGAAAAGAAAAAACCGAAAGGCAUAGCAGCUGAAUCUGCCUUCGACAAGCAUAAUAAACUCGAAAAGGAUCAUCUUUUCUGCAAAGGGUGAAGAAAUUAUUUUCCCUUAAUGACUGCAAGAGAAGGCUAAUUUAUUCGGGAGAUGCUUGAGUGUUAGUGGUUUCGCAGAGUUUUUGAUUUUUAAUUUGGUCACAACUGAUGUGGCCAUUGUAUCUUCUAUUAAACAAAAUUCUUAAUAUACAAGAUUUAGUAGUAGAAGAAGGAAAACCAGAUGGUUUGGUUCAGCCAUCGUCAUCGUCCAGCAGUAGAAAAUGUGAAGAUGCUGCUGCUGUCUUGCCCUGCUCACAUUUUGUUCAAGUACCGCAUAUAAAGCAGCUUCACUCUUGGGAUUGUGGCCUUGCUUGUGUUUUGAUGGCUUUGAAUACAAUUGGUAUCAAUAAUUGCAGCAUCCAGGGCUUGGCGGACUUAUGCUGCACUAGUAGCAUUUGGACGGUGGAUCUGGCAUAUUUACUGCAGAAGUAUUCUGUUAGUUUUUCCUUCUACACGGUAACACUUGGAGCAAAUCCAAAUUAUUCAGUUGAGACAUUUUACAAGGAACAAUUGCCUGCAGAUCUAGUUCGAGUGGAUAUGUUAUUUCAAAAGGCACGAGGAGAAGGCAUUAAUAUACAGUGCAGGUCGAUCAAUGAAACGGAAAUUUCUCUUUUCAUAUUGUCGGGGAAAUAUAUUGCAAUUGCAUUGGUUAACCAGUACAAAUUGAGUCACUCUUGGUUGGAGAAUGCUAUUCUACCAGGCUUAAAUGGUGGCAACUCAGGCUAUGCUGGUCAUUACAUUGUGAUAUGCGGCUAUGAUACUGGCACGGACGAGUUUGAGAUUCGAGAUCCUGCCGCUUCUAGAAAACAUGAGAGAAUGUCGUCAAGAUGCCUUGAAGAAGCACGGAAAUCCUUUGGCACCGAUGAAGAUCUCCUUCUGUAUAAGAGAGGCUCGGAGGAAAAUUGGGAAAGUCCCUUCAGCAUGCUUGCUCUAGGUGACCAGUGUCAAACCUAAUACCUAGAACCUUGCAAACGCACACUUCUACUCUCCUGGAAUACAUAUGAUCAUGAAAACCCAAUUCAUAUAGUUCUCUCGUUUUGCACUUUUAAUUCUAGCAUUGUAAUUCAAUUACUACAAUGAUUUUAAAAAACAAAAAGUGAGUCUAUAUUCUGUUAAAGUGGUGGCUACUGCUGUUUCGGAGCAUGUAAUCCUUCGUGGUUAUGAGCCCGGGUCUAAUUUAACCUUGAGUUAAUGUUAGGCAUAGAUGUUGGAGGAAUCCGAAGCAGAAAAAAAGUAACUUUUUGUUAAAACAAAUUCAUCCACAGCACUGAUAAUUAUCG